AUGUGUGGUGACGUUGGUUUCCCUGACAAGCUUUUUCGCUGCAACAAAUGUCGCCACCGAUUCCAACACUCGUAUUGUAGCAACUACUACGGGGAAUUAGUUGAAAUAGAACUAUGUGAUUGGUGUCAAAGUGAGGGGAGAAGUUUCUCGAGACAUAGUGUUGGUAUUGGGUCGAAUUCGAAGAAACCGGUGGCCGGAGCGACGACUCGAUCGGAAUAUUCCGGAGAGAAGAUCAAGCACCAUGAAGAGAGUGGUUUGAACUCGGAGAAGGGGAAGAGUCCCACUCCUUCACCAAGACCCUCCACACGAAGGUACAAGCUUCUGAAGGAUGUUAUGUGUUGA